AUGGGCCUCAUGAACGCGUUCGCAGCGGUUGCAAACAUCGCUCUGGUUGCGUCGAGUCUUCUUCCUCUCUCGGCAGCAAGUGAUUGCAGCAAUACGACACGGGCUACUCCAAGCGUUGCCAUUCCCCAAGGAACCAUUGAGGGAUUUCGCGAUGCAAGCUGCAACUCGGUUUUCUUGGGGGUUCCCUUUGCCGCCACGACUGGCUAUGAGAACCGAUGGCGAGCGCCGCAAGACGUUCCAAGGUCGAACACAACGUUCAACGCGACUUCCUAUGGCCCGACUUGUCCUCAAGCGAUCUCUGGCGACCUUUUCAGCACCCAGGACGAGGAUUGUCUGAACCUCAACAUCUGGGCACCUUCGACCGGAAAAGAUCUGCCCGUGUUUGUUUACAUGUACGGUGGCGCUAUGGUCACCGGGUCCAGCAGCAACCCCCAACUCCAAGGCUCCAACUUUGCUCGCAAAGGGGUUGUCUACGUCAACUUCAACACUCGCGAGAGCAUCUUUGCCUCUCCGCACUCAGCAGAGUUAAAAGAAGCUCACCCUGAAGAGUCGCAAAACUUCAGCAUACUGGAUGUUGAGAAGGCGCUAGACUGGGUUCGCGUCAACAUCCGCGCAUUCGGAGGCAAUCCGGACCAUGUUGUGUUCGGUGGUCACUCAUCUGGAGCUGUACAGGUGGACCACUACCUUUGGAACCAUCCCGACUCCUGGCUCAAGGGUGCGGUUCAAAUGAGUGCAAACGCUCUGUCAGGUCCCGCCUUUGCGCCUGUUAACGAAGCCCUCGACGCCGUUGCCUCCGAAGUCGGAUGUCCGAAAGCCAGCAAUGGCCAGUUGGAUUGUCUCCGAGCCGUUGACAUUUAUGCACUGCAAACAGCCAACUUCAACUCUACCUUCAACACUUGGUUCACUCCCAUCAUUGACAACAUUACACGUCACUCAGACUACGUUGCACGUCUUGCAGCCGGACAGUAUGCAUCACACGUGCCUCUACUGACUGGCACUUCGGAUGGGGAAGGCACUAUCUUCAGUCUCGUGUACGGUGCUGAGAACAGUAACUUCAGCUCUUGGAUUAACACCUUCGACGCAGAUAGUGCACACAUUGAAGAUGAUGUCCUCCUGGAGGCGUACAAUGCGUCCGACUACGAAUCUGACUCCCUCCGAAGCGGUGAACAGUAUGGAGACGCGCGAUUCAACUGUGCUGUGGACUACCUACUCGACUUGCGUAGUGCCAUUCAGGAUACUUGGGUGUACCGCUUCUUCGGGAAAUACGACAACGUCGUAGGAGUUCCCGGCACAGCACCCACUCAUGGAACCGAGGUCCCGUUCUUCCACGGCGGUAACGAAUGCUUUGAAUCGCUAACCAACGUUACCGACGCACAACAGGCUUUGGCUACUUCCAUCCAUGACUGGUUCGUUAAUUGGAUCAAGAACCCGGCUGCCGGGCCUGGAUGGGCACAAUCGGCGCCAAAGUCCGGCGCCUUGGUCAAGUUGGGGGUGCCUGGCGAUGAGCUGUCUGCCAUUCUGGGAUCGACCGAGGAGUACAAUUCUCGCUGUCAGUCGGUUUAUGAACCUGCAUUCCCAAAGUACCCUGUCGUUCAAUCUGUGGCAGGCAUGCUGCAAAAACUGUCGUAA